AUGAAGUUCUUCCUUUUUACCUGCCUUUUGGCUGUUGCUCUUGCAAAGCAUGAGAUGGAACAUGUCUCCUCCAGUGAGGAAUCUAUCAACAUGUCCCAGGAAAAAUAUAAGCAGGGAAAGAAUGUGGUCCUUCAUCCUAGCAAGGAGAACAUUUGUUCCACAUCCUGUGAGGAACCUGCUGAAAUUCCCAGGGAGAAAGUUAAGGUUACUGUGGAAGAUAAGCAAUACCUGAAACAACUGAGCAAAAUAAGUCAGUUUUAUCAGAAGUUCCCCCAAUAUAUCCAGGCUCUAUAUCAAGGUGCAACUCUUAUGAACCCAUGGGUUCAAGUUAAGAGAAGUGCUGAGCCCUUUAUUCCCACUGUGGAAAAUUCAAAGAAGACUGUUGAUAUGGAAUCAACCGAAGUACUCACUAAGAAAACUACAUUGACUGAAGAAGGAAAGAAUCGCCUAAAAUUUCUGGACAAAAUCAACCAAUAUUAUCAGAAAUUAACCAGGUCCCAGUAUCUCAAGACUAUUUCUCAGUAUCAGAAAACUAUGAAGCCGUGGAAUCACGUUAAGACAAAUGUUAUCCCCUAUCUGGAUUACAGCGGCAAUCCUGACAGUCCUUACCCAGUUAACCCAACUCUGAAUAUUCCUUAUCCCAUACCAGACAGUGAUUUCACUCCUCCUGUCUAUCCUACAAGGAAUAAGUUCCCCAAUUACCCUGGGAAUCCUGACCGUGAUGCCGGGGUACCCUCAUAUCCCUGGGUUCUCACUGCUCCUGGAGCCCUCCUCUACCACAUUUCUAGUUUUCCCAUACCUUCUUGGUUGUCCCAUCAUCCACCCCCUCCUUGGGCUUUCCGCCUUCUUCCUCCCUCAAAAAGACCUAUGGGACCUUAUUUCCCACCUGAUACAGCUGCACCUACUGCAGCCGAUCCAUAUGUACUUAAGUCUCUUGCCCCACCUACUACAAACCCACCUUCUAUCCCAGAGACUGAGCCACCUGCUGUGACAGAGCCUGAUGAAGCAGAAAUUGCAGCAGCUGCCCCAGGACCUCAGUCCUCUAUUUCUCUUGACCAGGAAUAA